AUGGACGAACAGCCUGAACACCCCAGAGACCCUCAGGAUGGCCAUACUAUCUUGCGAGAUGCAAUCCAACGCAUCAGGGCUGCCACCGAGCAAUUGGAGCAAGCUUCUCAAGUCCUGUACGCAGAACCGACUGCCCAGUCCUCCUCCACCAGCCUUCGGACUAAAACUGUGACCUCGCCGGAUAAUAGCCCAACAAAGAAUGAGAUCAAUGAGGCUUUGAGUCCCAAGGGAAACCUCUGUUUACUUCCCGAGCUGGCUUCCUCCAACAAUCCCAAGGAACAAGGCAUCAAUCCUGUUGUUAGUCUUAACGAGUUCGAAGUCACCAACUCACCCACCAAGGCCCCGAAUAAUACCCCCACGACUCCUGGAAACAGCCCCCUGAAGAGCUUGAAGAGAGGUUCACUUGGUCAUUUCAAGUUGCCCUCCUUCGGUAGCCUGAGGCGGCGCGGUAUCAUCACCGCCAGCCCAAGUGAGAGCGAAGUCACCGACUCUCCAACCAAGACUGCGAUGACAGCUGAGAGUAGCCCUGGAAAGAGUCCGAAGAAAGGCUCCUUCCGCCUCCGCGACCUCUCCCCAUUCAAUACCCCCAGCUUCAGACGCCGAGGCCCAAUUCAAGCGUCGACUUCAGGCACUGCUGGGACUGAGAAGGCUGCUCGGCCUUCUAUUCUCUCUCCUUCUACCUUUGUGCCUCCACAGUCUCCUCUGCGUCGGGAAUCUCCGGUUGAUACCUCAUCAACCGAUUUCACUAUGUCUCCGGUCGGUACGCCAUCUCUGAUGGGUACCCCCUCCCCGCCUCCUGUCCCCUCGCCACUCCGCAGCGAGUCCCCCCUGCCCAUAAUUGCGGAGGUGCCCCGGCCGUGGUAA